AUUGCGCCUUAUUUCGAUCGCUCUAGCUGUCUUUCUCUGUUCUGCCAUUUUGAGCUGAGCAGCGAACUACCCGAAGUUCAAAUUUCUGAAAAGUUUGAAUUUUGUGGUUUAGAGUUCUUCUAUGGUUAUGGUCGACGCUGGAUCGACGAUCGUCAUGGCCACUUCGCCGUUGAAAAAGAUCGAACACGCCCACCAGCUGUACCGCGAUGGACGGUAUGGCGACGCGCUAGGUUUCUACACGGAGGCUAUUGGGAUGGCUAAGACUAAGGCUCAAAAGAUCGCUUUGCAUAGCAAUAGAGCUGCCUGUUAUCUGAAGCUUCACGAUUUCAAGAAGGCUGCAGAAGAAUGUACCUCAGUGCUUGAGCUAGAUCACAAGCACAGUGGAGCUUUGAUGCUGCGGGCUCAAACAUUAGUCACCCUUAAGGAGUACCAUUCAGCACUUUUUGAUGUCAAUCGACUGUUAGAGUUGGAUCCAUCCUCAGAGGUGUAUCAAAAUCUUCAAGCUCGCUUAAGGACGCAAUUGUCACUUGCUCCAAUACCAGAGUCAGAAGAGGAGUUUGAAGAACAGGGAUAUGAAGAAGAGGUGACAGUAAAAGAAAACAAUAAAUGGGAAAAAUCCCAAGAGAAUGAUGUUGGGAGAGAUCAUAAAGAUGAGCUUGCCAAGGCUACUAUUAAUACUGAAAUAGACGAGAAGUCAUCAUCUGAACAAGGAAUAGACCAAAACUCUGAGCCAAAAACUUCCACACCAGAGACGAUUGCCAAAGCACCACAGGAGGAACCAGCGGAGCAACAUUCCAAAGCAUGGCAAUCGAUUCCAAAACCGAAAGGGCAUUCAACUUUAAACUAUGCACGAUGGGACAGUGUUGAAGACGAUUCUAGUGAAGAUGACGACGACGAUGAUGAAGAUGAAGAAGAAUCUCAACCCCAGUACCGAUUUCGUGUAAGAACCAUAGGUGUACGAUCGGUAAAGUGAGAAUAGCCUAAGACU